GAGAGAGAGAGCACGAGAGCUUUCAGCUUUGUGGCUGUUCUUUCUUAGAAAUUGCAGAAAUUGUUCCUCAGCGUUAGGAGAUGAGACUAGUGUAGUUCCAUCCUCUCUGUUCCAACCAUUGGGUGUAUUUGUUGCCUGCAUUCCAGGUCCGUUAUAGAAAAUGGCAGUCAAGUGUUCAUCACGGCACACCGCUGAAUCUGAUAUCAGGGACCAGCAAGAGCUCCCGAUCAGCCAAAUGGAAAGCAAGUGGUUUGAUUUCACUGAAAACAAACGCUGCAUGAAGAUGUCUCUCCCAGUGAAAGUUUUAACUGAGGGAACAGCAAAGCAAGAAAUGGAUAAUAACGGGAGCAAAUUUUCUUAUAUUGCUCAGGCAACAGGCAUUGGAAACCAGAAGCUCAUACCCAGUUGUGAGAAGCCGCAAUUCAUAGCCACACCUAACAGUUACAGUAAUCGUGCAGAAAGAUCAAACUUAGAAAAUGUUCCAAACAAUGUGGCAAAAGUGGCUGAAGGAAAGCUGCCUCAGCUACAGAAAGACCAGCAACUCAAUAAAUAUCCCAGGAGGAAACGUAGGAGGAGAAAAUCCAAACACAAGACCAAAGCAUCACAAAAGCAAUCGAAGACCCCCGAGCAAGAGAGCUGCCCCCCAAUACCAGUACAAGAAGAUGAUGCUGAAAACAGCACCUCUGAUUUUUGCAGCAGCACUUUGGGCAGCAGUAGCAGCCAUUGUGAACUUGAACAGAUGCACAUUACUUCUGCCCAUAGAGAUACCCAUGGAUUGUGUGGAUUGGGCCUGCAGAACCGAUUGCGGGAAGAUAAAAGAAUUGAAAAUAUAUUUUUUAAUAUCAAGCAUUUCAGUGGCGGAGUUAAGAAAUCCAAUGUCAGACCCAUUCCUUCCUCGAACAUUAAAAAUGACAGUCUCGUGCAUAACUUUGAGCGGAAAUUAAAUUUGAAUUUAACACCACUAUCUGAAGUGAAGCAGGUCAACGUGGAUGGGGGACACAAAAAGCAAGGGAUUUCUUUUAACAGUAAUGCAGCCAUGCUGUAUAUCAAUGAUGUGGGAGGAGACACUGGAAUACGUAUUCCUGAUUCAAUCAGUGCAGAAGAGACAUCUCCACCACAGCUCUCUGCCUCCCAAUCAACUGCGAGCAAGGGCUAUGUCAUCUCUGAGAACUUGAGGUGCUUGACAAUGCCAGCCCUGCGAUGGGCAAAAUACUCAGAAGGGUGGAAACAGAGUGAAAGACUUCCAGAAACCAGUGAGGGCGUCCUUCAACAUGAGAAACUGAAGCCUGUGGAUCAUCAGUAUAAAGAGAACUUGCAGUGGUCAAUCUGCUCCAAUCGGCUGGGAGUUGGAACAUUUGGAGAGGUGUAUAUGGCAAAAGAUCACUCCACUGAUUUUACUUGCGCUGCUAAGCGGAUUCAUGUGAGCAAAUUCCAGCCACAGGAGUUGUUGAAUUGGAGUAAGUUGGACUCGCCACGAGUUGUUCCUCUUUAUGGAGGAGUACAAGAGGGAGAGAUGAUCACUCUGUUUAUGCAGUAUAUUCAAGGUGGUUCGGUGGCACAACUAAUUGAGAAUAGAGGACCUCUUCCUGAAGCUGUGGCUCUGUAUUAUACAAGUCAUGUGUUAGAGGCAUUGGAACAUCUACACUCCCUUGGAAUUAUACAUGGAGAUGUUAAAGCGGAUAAUGUAUUGAUAUCACACGACGGUCGAGAGGUUUACCUCUGUGACUUUGGACAUUCAAGACAAUUAAAUCCAACAGGAAGCAGGACAACAUAUGCAGGCAGUCACUGCUUAGGUACCGUGACACAUAUGGCACCAGAGGUGGUUGCAGGUAGUGAAUUUGGUGUCAAGGUAGACUGCUGGAGUGCUGCCUGUAUGAUGCUGCACAUGUUAAAUGGGCAUCAUCCCUGGAAGACUAUAUCAACAAAGCAGUUGCUGCUAAAGAUUAUGACAGAGGAUCCUCCAGUGAAUGAAAUACCACCUACGUGUAGUCCUCUCACAGCUAGUGUGAUCAGGGCUGGUUUAAUGAAGAACCCAGCGUACAGAGCUAGUGCAUCUGAACUUCAUACAGCAGUGAACAGAGCAUUGACGUCAUUAAGACAACGGAUUAAGGGCACUCCUCAGAGUAAUCAUGUUCAAAAAGGAAGUUAUGCUGCUAAAUCAGAUGAUGGAAACAAUAAGGGUGUAAUGACACCACAACCAGUAAAUCAGAAUGCCAGAUACUACACCACCAAAGGCCGGCCUCUUCGAUCAGAAACGGUGCCAACUGCUCUGGACUCAAACAGGCACCGACUUUGCUACCCAAAGAGAGAUCCACUCAACACGAACACAGUGGGUGCAGUGACACCUCUGUAUGAGAAAAAUUCACAACAGGUCUACCGAAGGAAGCCAAAAAAUUGUAUCAGACUAGCCUGUAACUUUGAUCAGCUACAUUUGAAAGAUGAGGAUAUUUGUUUUCCAGAAGAGGUGACAAAGCCUCUCAGUGAUGAGAAAGAGCCAUCAAUUCCUUCACCACUGAUGUCACUGCCUUCAGUCCAGACUAGUGAGGCAGAGAAAAAACUUGCAGAGGAAUAUGGGAACCUGCAAAAAGAAUUUUUACUUUAUAACCUUUCACAAGUAUUCCCAGAAAAGUUGGAGGACCACAUAUUGGAUGCAUUAAGCAGUGAUGCCUAUAGCAUAUUGGAUGAUUACGACAAGGAUUCCCAAAAAGGAAUGCCCAGUCUAAGUGGUAACUACAGUUCUGGAAUUCACUCAAUGUCAUGGAAUAGUCACACUGAUGGACUUAGCACCAGCUUUAGCCUCAGUCAUCGACUAGAUCACCAGCAAGAUAUGCCAAGUCUCUUCAAUGGCAUUGAGGCCAGGAUUCACACAUUCAGUGGGGAGUGUCUGAUUGUCCAUGAUGUGCGAAGAGCUACAGUUGGUCAGGUUGCCACUGGAAUUAGUAAUCUGAUCCAGGUCCCAAGUUUCUCUCUGGUGCAGCAAAAUGGACAUCCUAUUUCUCCAGACUUUGAAAUCCCAGAUUCUGGAAUUGACUUGAAAUGUACUCCUGCUUCCAAUUCCAGCAAUUCCUGGACCUGGAGAAUUAAAGAUGGAAAUCUUAACUUCAAAUCUUAAAAGCUUUUUAUUAAAACUUUCUGGAUGCUGAUUUAUUUAUUCUUUUAGAAUUUCAAUUACUUAAGGCUCAGUUUCCUUCAACGCAUUUGGACAUCAAAACUUUUUUUUCAAAAAAGGACUCUAAAACCAGAAGAUUUCACUCAACACACAAAAUGCUGGAGGAACUCAGUAGGCCAGGCAGCAUCGAUGGAAAAGAGUAAACAGUUGAUGUUUCAGGCUCACAAUCAGAGUUUUGUGCCAAGACCCAGGAUGUGCCUGGCCUGCUGAGCUCCUCCAGUAUUUUCUGUGUGUUGCUUGGAUUUUCGGCAUCUGCAGAUUUUCUCGUAUUAAAAGAUUUCACUGUUCGAAGUCUAUUCAAUGUUACUUAAUUGAAUUAUCUUGUAGAAAUAUUGUUUCCAGUUUGGUGUGCCUGUAAUAUGGCUUAGUUUGACUUAAUGGUUGGUAAAAAGAAGAGACAAAACUAUUAAAUGAUAUUGGCCCACUUACCUUGCCACUUUGAACUGCAUAUGCCUGAAAUGGUAACUUUCAAAUUGAAUGACUUCACUGAAAUGAAUGGAAUGUCUUUUGCAUUAGAAGGGAAAGUAACAUUGCAGUUGUUGUUAUGCAAAUAAUCAAAUUCAAUUAAUCACUUAAAGUUUGAAUUAAAAAAAUAACUGUCUUCAUGUGAUUUGGGAGUCUGAUUGUCCAUAUGUGGAGAAGAUUUGCACUGAUGGCAGGAAAAGUGCUGGGUUUUGUUAGAAGGCCAAGAAUCUGGGGAUGUAGAUUUUUGAUGGUUGGUGCAGUAGAAAGGAGGAGAACUAUUUAAUGCAGAAAGUUCUAGAAUGCACUGCUUGACCAAGUGGUGAAAGCAGAUUCAGUCAAAGGCAAAUUAACUAGCUAUUUGAAGAGGCUUGUAGGACUAUAUGGGUGGUGGGACUAAUUUAAAUGUUCUUUCAGAGAAUUGCAAGGGGCAUGGUGAGGUUAACAACAUGCUUCCAAUCCAACCUUUAUAAAUCCUUCUAUAUCUGUUGUUAAUACAGAUGAAUAUCAUAGAAGCUUUAUUGAAAGAAAUGAAGUCCAUUCAACCCCCUCCCGAUCUUUCCUAAUGUAUUUACACAAUAAAAAGCAGAAGGUAAAUUGAUACUUUAUGCCUCUUCGAAUGUGGGGACAUGUAACCAAGCGUAGGUGACACAGAAGCAUUACAAGUGUGAAUUGGUACUAUAUAUUGGUAGUCAUUUACAAAGGUGAAGUCAGAUAGCAAAUGCUUAUGGAACUGAAUUUUACUCUGAGCUGUUCAUUUGAGCUUUUAUGAUGGCAUCGGCUGCACUUAGUUAAGAUGUCACUGUUCAGCUACAAAGAUCAGCCAAUUUGCCCAUGAACUCUUGAGCAUGAUUUCACCUUCAAUUUGUCUAUAGUUUUUCAAAGGACUUUUGAGCCAAUACUAUCUUUCUGUUACUGAGUCAAUGUAUUUUUUAAUACAUCCUGAUUAUGUUUAACCAUAAUAAGCUUUUUAUGUAACAUUUGAACAAUGAUUUUUCUCAUCGUGUGUGAUUUAGCACCAAAGAGAAAAAGAUUAUCCACAACUAUUUUAAAAUGUGUCCAGAACCAAAAGAGGUAUUACCCUAAGCAUUUGCAGUAAUCUGAGCAUAAGUGGUCUUUAGGCACUUUAAGUUGUUCAUGUAUUUUCCACUGAAGGUGCCAUCAACCUUGAUAUUGGUGGUCCAGGCAGUAGUUGACUGUUUUCUCUCCCCUCCUCACCCUGUUAAUGUGCCUUCAGCCAAAUCAUGCAUAGUGUUCUGUUGUCUUCAUGAAAGAUGAAGAGCAGAAUUAUUGGCUAUCAUACGAGAUUUUUACCAUUCUGUUGGAAGUGGCAAGGUUAAGAAUUCAAUCCCAUAGUAAUGUGCUAUCAUAAUGAUAUGCUCUUUUCUUGUGAGAAUGUUGCCUUGCCUUUUAGUUAGCCGAGUUAUAAGUUGUCAGAAAUUCAAGACCAACGCAGUGGGAUUGUCCUGAUUACCUGCCCAUCCAAAGAUGGAACUUGAAAUCAUUUAGGAACUUUAGGAAGUCAGACUAACAUAUACAAAGGAGAAGAAAAAAUAUUUGGAACAAAAUAAUAGGCAAUUUGAUUUUUAAUAUUUAUGAUCUGAGAGGCAACUAAAAUAUUUCAUUUUUCUAAUGGUCGUGGAUUGCACAGAAUUAACAUCAAACCGGAAUUUUGGUAGCAUGAGGGGGCAUGGUGAAUUGCAAGUUUGCUUUUCAUGCAUAUUCUCUCUGCUUAAUAUGCAGUGCCUUGUAAAAGUACUCAGCCCCAGCCCUUCACUCACAUAUAUGAGUAUUACAACUAGGGAUUUUGACCAAUUUAACUGAGAAUUUGGAUUUGUAAAUGACAUACUCUUUUUUUUCCCACAGUAGAGCCCCAAAAAACUGGGAAAAUUGUCAAACAUGAAUAACUAAAAUUUCAAAACCCGAAAUGUCAGCCAUUCAAAAGUAUUCAUCCCCCUUUUCUCAAUACUUAGUUGAUCCAAUUCUCGUAGCUACUACAGCUAUUUUUUUUGGAUAAGCCUCUAUUAGGUGCGCACAAUGCAAUGGAGCAAGAUUUGCUCAUUCCACCUUGCAAAACUGCUCAAGCUGUGCCAGGUUUGUUAGGGAGUGGCGAUGGACAGCAGCCUUAAGGUCUUGCCAGAGAUGUUCGAUUGGGUUAAAGUCAGUACUUUGGCCCACUCAAUGGUUGCUCUGGCAGUGUGCUUUAGGUCAUUACCCUGCUGAAAGACCAACUUCCUUCCCUGUUUAAGCUUUUUGGCAGAGGGUAGCAGGUUUUUAUCCAGGAUCUCUCUGUAUUUAGCAGAUUUCCAGGUCCUGCUGCUGAGAUGCAUCCCCACAGCAUGACGCUACCUCCAGCAUACAUUACAGUAGGGAUGGUGAUACUUGAAUGAUGCAUGGCAUUAGAUUUAUGCCACAUGUACUACUUAUUGUUGAGGCCACAAAGUUCCACUUUAGUCUCAUCUAACCACAAGACCCUCUUCCACAUCUUUGCAGUAUUUUCUAAGUGAUGCUUUACAAAUUCUUUACAGGCAAAGAUGUGCUUUAUUUUUUUAAAUCCAGGAUUUCUUCCUUGCCACCCUUCCUUAAAUAUCUUUUUUGUGCAAGGCCUUCGAGAUUGUAGAGCCAUGAACGUCAUCUCCAGUUGCAGCCACUAACUUCUGCAACUCACUCAAAGUGAUUGUUAGCAUCACAAUAGCCUCUCAUACUUGCGCCAUUCUUCUCUGCUGGAUAAGUUUAGAGGGGUAGCCUGAACUAGGCAGUGUGGCUAUAGUUUCAUGUUUUUUCCACUUUUUUUCAUGAUGGACAGUACUAAGCACUGAGGUAUGUUCAAUGCCUUUGAGAUACUCUCGUACCCUUACCUGGAUUUGUGCCUCUCUAUUAUCAUUUCCCUGACUUGUCUUGAAUGCUCUUUUGUCUUCAUCUUCAUUUGGUCUUUUGAAACUCUAUCAUACUGUUGGACCUUUCACAGAGGGGGAUAUUUAUUCAGGUAAUCCUCCAAUUUUCCACAUCUGGUACAAUCUAUGGUUAAAGUUGAUGGUGUCAUUUAUGUCAAAGCAUAGUUAUGUAUUUUGUUAAUUUUAUGACCCCUUGCAAAAUUUAACACAAAUUUUCUAAAUAGUCAACAUGGUUAUGAACAAUGCAAACUAUUAGUAAUUCACUUAAUUACUUAAGCUCAUCACCUCUACUGGGGCAUAGGCCACCAACAGUAGCACACGAGAGUCCUCUGCCCUGGGCUAGCCUUUCCAGGUGUAGUCCAUCUUCUUGGUGUAUCUUUCCUCUCCCAGGGAAGAGGUUUGUGGAGCUUCUAUUGGCAUUUCUGUAGCUCUGGGUUUUAUGGGAUGGUGUUGCUAAUCACAUGCCCAACCUUCCUUUCACAGCUAGGCUUGGGACCAUCCUUGGCGGGGUUCAGUUGAUUAUUAUAAUCUGGUGUGCACUGCCUGAAAGGAUGAUGCAAGCAUAUUCAAUAUGUGUCAAAAGAUUAUUGAGUGAGAUUGUUCCCAAAAAGAUCUUUCCUUCAUAAUGUGGGAUGGAUCUUUCAGAGAUGCAGCACAUCUGGUGAAUGAAUGACCUCCUAUGUGGUUAAAAUUCUAUUAUUUCUAAUUUAAAAAAAUCUUCCAUUUAACUUAAGUACUUUAAAAAGUGAUGUAUGAAUUCAUGACCUAAUAUUGUUCUUACUGCUGGUAUCAAACCUUUAAUCACUAAACAUGCAUUUGUAUGUAGCUAAAGAAAACAAUUCUUGGCAUGCAUUUGGGAGUUUUUACUGGUGUCUUAAUGUGAAAAUAAAUAAAUAAACUUAAGUCUGACAUCGUCCCCCCUGUUGGUCUUCAGUAAAACACUUAUGGCAAUACUGCUUGGAAUAACUUUCUAUAUUUUUAAUUUAAUCUGCCAGACAUGUACUGUUGCUGCUGUUAUUUCAAAAUGCAUCUUAAAACGAUUGUUGUUGAUGUGAAUGUACCUGUUUGUGAACAAUAGCUCUGAAGCAUGAUGUAGUUGCAUCCAGUGAAAAUUUAUGAAAUAUUUAUUUCAUUUGUAUAAAAAUAAGAUACUGCAACAUGAAUGUAUUUUUAAAUUUCAUGCUGUUCGUUCUUCUGGACUGUUUCCUGCAGUUGUGUUACACAAGAAAAGAAUAAAUAUUUCUUUA